AUGCAUUUAUUACUGCUACUAUGUUAUAUCUCGUUUGUAUGUGGGAAAAUAUAUCAGUCAACAAUUGAUAAGGAUUUAGCUGAAAUAGACCGAGAAAAUAAAGCACUGCUAUCAAUAAACUUUAUAAAGUUACUGACAAAUGUAACAGCAUCAACGUGUAAAAUUGCUGAUCAAUGUUGUCCAGAGAAACGAAGUUUACUGUCAAGUAAUCCAGAACAAUUUCUUGAACUUUGUUUAAGUGGUCCACUCGUAUCAGCCGUUACCAACUGUUCAGCAGCUGGUGAUCUUAUCAAUUUAUUUGCCCAACAAACUCAGAGCGAGAUGAUAAAAAUAAUAUUAGUUGGUGCAGAAUUCCAGGCGAAAAGAAAACAAGAAGGAUUUGAGGAGAGGGUAAUUACUGAAUAUUGUACACCCGAUGAACGAGCAACAGCAGUCUGCAGUUUUGGUGCAGGUGAUUCGAAAUCAAAUUGUACGCGAAAAAUUCUUCAAGGCUUGGCAGCGAAAGAUGAAAACAGUUAUAACGAGUAUAUACGAAAGAACAAACAAAGUAUUGCUGAAAUGAAACAGAUAUUGAGUAGCAUAAAGAGCUCCAACGACGGUGGAAAUGAUUCAAAGUAUAAUGAUGGAAUAAAACUGCAAGUGACACGUGGUUCACUUGUUCUUUUACUUAUUCUACUUGUGUGCUAUCAAAUGUAUCAAAGUAAAAUUUGA